AAAAAGAGCCACUAGUCUCAAUGCGGAGCGGGCUAUGACAGCCUCCGUGCUCCUCCACCCCCGCUGGAUCGAGCCCGUCAUGUUCCUCUACGACAACAGCCUGGAUGAGAUCAAUAAGAACAUGGACGGGUUUCACGCCGGCAGCAACUUCGCGGCGGCGGCGGCGGCCAACCCCUGCCGCAACCUGAUGGCUCACCCCGCGCCCCUGGCCGCCCCCAGCGCCGCCGCCUACACCUCCAGCGAGGCCCCCGCCGCCGGCAUGGCCGAGCCCGCUGUCAAGCAGUGCAGCCCCUGCUCGGCCGCCGUGCAGAGCUCCUCCGGCGCCGCGCUGCCCUACGGCUACUUCGGCAGCGGCUACUACCCCUGCCGCAUGACCCACCACAACGCCAUCAAGUCCUGCGCCCAGCCCGCCUCCACCUUCGCCGACAAGUACAUGGACACCUCCGUCUCCGGCGAGGAGUUCACGUCGCGGGCCAAGGAGUUCGCCUUCUACCAGGGCUACGCCGCCGGGCCCUACCAGCCGGUGCCCGGCUAUCUGGAUAUGCCGGUGGUGCCCGCCAUCGGCGGCCCCGGCGAGCCGCGCCACGACCCCCUGCUCCCCAUGGACAGCUACCAGCCUUGGGCCAUCACCAAUGGGUGGAACGGGCAAGUGUACUGCCCUAAGGAGCAGAGCCAGCCGCCUCACCUCUGGAAAUCCACCCUCCCGGACGUCGUUUCGCAUCCCUCCGAUGCGAACUCGUACAGGCGUGGGAGAAAGAAACGAGUGCCUUACACAAAGGUCCAGUUAAAAGAACUCGAAAGGGAAUAUGCUACAAAUAAAUUCAUAACCAAAGACAAACGGAGGAGGAUAUCGGCAACUACAAAUCUGUCAGAGAGACAGGUCACAAUCUGGUUCCAAAACAGAAGGGUCAAAGAGAAAAAAGUGAUCAACAAAUUGAAGACUACCAGUUAAUGGAUUAAAAAUGGAGA